UGUAAUGCCUUCUCAGCAAAAACGGAGCAAAGGAAAUAGUAAUAGUAAUAGCUGAGACCGUGUUAUGUGGGGGUUUAUGGUUUAAACCCUUAAACCCCCAAAAUUGUUUAUCCUUUUCCCAGCUUCAGAAAUCAGAAAAACCCUUCACCCUCAACCCCAGAAACAAAAAAAAGAAAAAAAAGAAAAAAAGCCGGAAUGAUUCUCCAUCGUCCUACUGCUACAAUCCUCCAUUUCUGCAAGCUAUCAUCAUCAUCCUCUCCUUCCAAAUUCUUCUCCCAAUUCAAACAUCCGUAUCGGUUUCCUUCUAAUCCCUCAUCUUCAUUUUCGCCAUCUUCUUCUUCGGCUCUUCAAAUCCGUUUGUUUUGCCUCACUAAACCACGCCGCUGCAGACAACAAGUCAGAGUCUUCUCGACUGCCCCUGCCAUCGCCGUCUCGCACCGCAAAGGAGGAGGCGAUACGUUCUAUGCAGACGAAGGCGUUUCCUGGGCUUCCCUUGGAGUUUCUGAUAGGCUUUCUCAGGCUCUCUUCAAUGCCGGUUUCGGCCAACCUUCUCUGGUUCAGGCUGCUUGCAUACCCUCUAUACUCUCUGGUAAAGAUAUGGUAGUUGCUGCUGAAACUGGUAGUGGUAAAACGCAUGGAUACCUUGUCCCUCUGAUUAAUCGGUUGUCUGAUAACCCUGCUGAUUUGGAGGAUACUGCUUCUGAACAAGGAUUUUCCUCCAAACAUAAAGUUGGUCUUGUUCUUUGCCCAAAUGUGACACUUUGUGAGCAAGUGGUUCGUAUGGCCAAUGGUCUUUGUGGUGAGGAUGGUCAGCCACUUCUUACCGUUGCAGCAGUUUGUGGUAGACAGGGAUGGCCAGUUAACAAACCUGAUAUCAUUGUGUCAACACCUGUUGCCCUUCUGAACACUAUCGAUCCAAACAAAAGCCGCCGUAUUGAAUUUAUGCGCAGUGUUAAAUAUGUGGUGUUUGAUGAAGCAGACAUGCUUCUCUGCGGGAGCUUUCAGAAUAAAGUUAUCCGUCUAAUAAACCUUCUCCGUUUUGAUGAAAAGCAAUUAUCGUGGUCAAAAGGAUCUGUUAGUGAGUUGCCAUUGGAUUUGGAAAUUGAUACUUCAUCGCAGUUAAGUUCAGACGAUGAAGAAGACCUAAAAGCGGAAGUCGUCUCAGAAGGGGAGGAAAGUUCUGAAGGUGUUGUCGAUGACUUACAGGAGGGCGUUGAAGCUGGGCAUGUCAAAAGAACAGACUGGAGGAGAGUGAGGAAGGAUUAUGAGCGCAGCAAACAAUACAUUUUUGUUGCAGCUACUCUUCCAAUGAAUGGGAAGAAAACAGCUGGUGCAGUGUUGAAAAAGAUGUUUCCAGAUGCUAAUUGGGUUGCUGGGAAUUAUCUUCAUCGUCACAACCCCAGAUUAAAGCAGAGAUGGAUUGAAGUUACAAAUGAUACUCAGGUCGAUGAACUCGUAAAAGCUGUGAAUCAAGGUUUCAAAUCCAAAUCAGUGGAUAUUGGCUCUGAUCAAUGCCGAACCAUGGUGUUUGCGAAUACUGUUGAUGCUGUUGAAGCAGUGGCAAAAAUACUGCUUAGAGCUGGGAUUGAAUGUUACCGAUACCAUAAAGAUUGCUCCUUGGAGGAGCGUGCAAAGACAUUAGAUGAUUUCCAAGAGAAAGGUGGUAUUCUUGUUUGCACUGAUGCUGCUUCGCGUGGUGUUGACAUUCCAAAUAUCUCACAUGUCAUUCAGGCAGAUUUUGCAACUUCUGCUGUAGACUUCAUACACAGGAUUGGUCGCACAGGUAGAGCUGGUCAAUAUGGAGUUGUCACUAGCCUUUACACUGAAUCCAAUCGGGAUCUGGUUGCUGCUGUUCGUCGAGCAGAGGAACUUGGUCAACCAGUGGAGACAGCAUUUAGCAGGAAAAGAAGCUUCAGAAAUAAGCUUAAGAAGAGAGCAGGCUUCACCAAGAUCAGAGACGCGUCCAUUGGUGAAGAAAGUGUUGUAUCAUAUUGACUACGUUUGUGAGGAAUUUCAUAUGUAAAGAAGCACUACGAUAAUCUAAAUUUAUAUAAAUUCUAUUUUUCACUAAAUUUCUUUUUUCAUUUUUUAUGCUUUAAUAAUAUUACAAAUAUAAUACCAGUUUCUCUCUUGUCUUA